AUGAAAUCUGCAAAAACAAAAACUUUAGCUGAAAAAGAAGUUAAAGAAGUUGAGGUGUUUAUAGUGAAUCUAUUUAAAAAUUUAGAAAAGAAGUAUAAUGAUUUGAAUGAAAAAAAUGUAGCAGAUAAAGAAAAACUCCAGCUAAGUAUAAAACCUAAAUCUAAUAUAGAA